AUGGUCAUAACAGUCUCCUGUCUACUGCCUCGGAACGGAUUCUAUCAAAACUGAAAAUGCAGGCUCCAUGCUCAGAAGCUCUUUAAUGGGUUCGAAAGGUUCCCGCUCCUUUCUCCUGCCCUUUCCAUAGCAUAAGAAGAUAGUCCCUGAGUGACAGUCUUCUCUUCAAGAAAAGGAAAACUAGAAAGAAUUUAGCACACAGAUUUCUUCAUGUUGUCUAGGACUGCAGUGCCAAAUUUCAGCACAACUCUUUUAAUGAGAAAGAAUGCAGGUAGUAAUCUGAAUUGUGAACCAUUAUGGAGGUGGCCCGCCGGCUGCUGAGCCCUCCUCGGCCGCGCGGGGAGACGGUCUGCACCCCGCCCGCGGCCCCUGACUGUGACCAUGACCCUCCACCCCAAAGCGUCCGGAAUGACCCUGCUGCACCAGAUCCAAGGGAACGAGCUGGAGCCCCUGAGCCGGCCGCAGCUCAAGAUCCCCCUGGAGCGGCCCCUGGGCGAGGUGUACGUGGACAGCGGCAAGCCCGCCGUGUACAACUACCCCGAGGGCGCCGCCUACGAGUUCAACGCCGCGGCCGCCGCCUCCGCGCCGGUCUACGGCCAGUCCGGCCUCGCCUUCGGCCCCGGGUCCGAGGCGGCGGCGGCCUUCGGUGCCAGUGGCCUGGGGGGCUUCCCCCCGCUCAGCAGCGUGUCUCCGAGCCCGCUGGUGCUGCUGCACCCGCCGCCGCAGCUCUCGCCCUUCCUGCAGCCCCACGGCCAGCAGGUGCCCUACUACCUGGAGAACGAGCCCGGCGGCUAUGCGGUGCGGGAAAACACCUCCGGGCCACCGGAAAUUUAUAGGCCAAAUUCAGAUAAUCGACGCCAGGGUGGCAGAGAGAGAUUGUCCAGUAGCAGUGACAAGGGAAGCAUGGCUAUGGAAUCUGCCAAGGAGACUCGCUACUGUGCGGUGUGCAAUGACUAUGCGUCAGGCUACCAUUAUGGGGUCUGGUCCUGUGAGGGCUGUAAGGCCUUCUUCAAGAGAAGUAUUCAAGGACAUAAUGACUACAUGUGCCCAGCUACCAACCAGUGCACCAUUGAUAAAAACAGGAGGAAGAGCUGCCAGGCCUGCCGUCUCCGCAAAUGCUAUGAAGUGGGCAUGAUGAAAGGCGGGAUACGAAAAGACCGAAGAGGAGGGAGAAUGUUGAAACACAAGCGCCAGAGAGAUGAUGGGGAGGGCAGGGGUGAAGCAGGGUCCUCUGGAGACAUGAGAGCUGCCAACCUUUGGCCAAGCCCUCUCCUGAUUAAGCACACUAAGAAGAACAGUCCAGCCUUGUCCCUGACAGCUGAGCAGAUGGUCAGUGCCUUGUUGGAGGCUGAGCCCCCCAUAAUCUAUUCCGAGUACGAUCCUACCAGACCCUUCAGCGAGUCUUCGAUGAUGGGCCUACUGACCAACCUGGCAGACAGGGAGCUGGUUCACAUGAUCAACUGGGCAAAGAGAGUGCCAGGCUUUGUGGAUUUGACCCUCCAUGAUCAGGUCCACCUUCUGGAAUGUGCCUGGCUAGAGAUCCUGAUGAUUGGUCUGGUCUGGCGCUCCAUGGAACACCCAGGGAAGCUCCUGUUUGCUCCUAACUUGCUCUUGGACAGGAACCAGGGGAAAUGCGUAGAGGGCAUGGUGGAGAUCUUUGACAUGUUGCUGGCUACGUCAUCUCGGUUCCGUAUGAUGAAUCUUCAGGGAGAGGAGUUUGUGUGUCUCAAAUCUAUCAUUUUGCUUAAUUCUGGAGUGUACACAUUUCUGUCCAGCACCCUGAAGUCUCUGGAUGAGAAGGACCAUAUCCAUCGAGUGCUGGACAAGAUCACAGACACCUUGAUCCACCUGAUGGCCAAGGCAGGCCUGACCCUGCAGCAGCAGCACCGGCGGCUGGCCCAGCUCCUCCUCAUCCUCUCACACAUCAGGCACAUGAGCAACAAAGGCAUGGAGCAUUUGUACAGCAUGAAGUGCAAGAACGUGGUGCCCCUCUAUGACCUGCUGCUGGAGAUGCUGGAUGCCCACCGCCUGCAUGCCCCCACUGACCACGGGGGGGCACCCAUGGAGGAGAUGGACCAGAGCCAGCUAGCCACCAUGGGACCCACUUCAUCGCAUUCCUUGCAAAAGUAUUACAUCACGGGGGAGGUGGAGGGUUUCCCCCCCACAAUCUGAGAGCUCUCCAGCUCCCCCAAGGCUCUGAGAAUCCCUGCAACAUUUUAUCUUCAUCAUACAUCACUUUAGCCAACUUCUGUCUCUUGCAUACACUCCUGCAUGCAUCCACCACCAGCGGCUUUCUGAUAGGGAUGGCCAUUCAUUUGCCUGCUCAGUUCUUAGCAUCAGGUCUUCUGUUGGGAACAGCCAAAGGGAUUCCAGGGCUAAACCUUUGUGACAGCUCUCCUUCCCCCUUUGCUAUGUUACUAAGCACGAGGAUUCCUGUAGCUCUUCAGGACUGAACUCAGUCUGGGAGCUGGGGCUCAGACGACUCUG